AGCGCCAGGCUGAUGACAGCGUCUCUCACCACACCCUGAAUGUGGACAUCACCAGUCCUACUUUCACUGAUUUGAACGUCCGAUAUGCUGCUCGCAGAGAUGGUAUCAGUGCCUCAGUAUCAAUCCCAUCCAAUGGAUUCCUGGGCCUUCAGGUCAAUGGCAGAGUCCCAUCUCAGAUGAGUGCAAGACUCUAUGGUCGUUUUCUUUCUGCCCCAGAGGAUGAUGUUGAGAUCUUGGCCAUCAGAUCCUCUCCUAAAGAUGCUGAAAAGAUGACCCUUCAGAUUGCUUACAACAUGGAGGCACCAAAACUAAUGCUCAAUGAGCUCAAGAUGAGACUUCCCUCCAUCAUCUCUACAUUCAUAACGUUUGCUGACAAGUACCAGAUCACCACAAAGAUGGGCGACUUGAAGGACUUUGUUCUUAACCGCAUCACAGAGGCCUAUGCUGCUGCUAUCCGCUAUGACCAUCAAAUGAGCCAGCUGUCAAUCUUCUACAGGAACAUCAUUGUUGAGUAUCAGAAGACUGUCCAGGUCUUAUUGGAUGCUGUCGUUAAGGUCUUGAGGGAGACCCAGUUCAAAGUGCCUGGAUCUGAUGAGAUGACCACUCUUCCUGAGGUCCUGAAGAAGCUAACCACAAGCAUUGCAGCUAUGCUAGAUGCAACCAUUCAGAUUAUGUAUCAAAAUACAGAAGUCUACUAUAACGCAUUUAUUGAUAAGAUCAGUGGCAUUAAAUUGAGAAUGCCAGUUGGUGAUGCAAUUACUGGUGGUCAGGUCUUGGAUCAGAUCAAAGCAACUUUCAGGAAUGUAUUUGAUGAAGUGUUGGACUUUGUAAAAAAUAUGGAGAGUCUUGACACAAUGCUAGUGAAAAUUGGAGAGACCCUGAAGGCUAUUGUUGAGAAAUCUCAGGAGUUUGUUGACACUAUCAAGUCUGACUAUUUAGAUGCGGUGUUCAUUAACAUCAAUGCUCUCUAUCUUACCCUUUUCACAUUUGUAAGGAAUGUUGUUGACCACAUUUAUCUGAAUGUAAAUGAUCUCAACAUUGCAUUUGAGAACAUUAUGAACAUGCUCAUUAAUGUUGUGGAACAGUUCAAUAACACUGCUUAUGGUCUCCUGCAGCAAACUUCAGAGGAAGCUCAAGUCUAUGUUAAAGUUAGUGCAGGAAAACUUGAGCUUGACCUUCCAUUUACCUUCCAAAAGUGAUGAACCCUCACGGGCUGAGGCUAUAACAGUAACAGUGUAACAUCUGAAAAUCUACCAUCUCUUUAGAAAACAUGUUUGGAAGGAAUCUGGAAAAUCAGCUCUUCAACCAUAUUUAUACCAAUGGGUUUAACAGAAACAACUGUUGUAUCAUGUAAAUUUUGAUGUUUUAUUGUGUACAUGUUAUACUUUACAAGACUCACCUUCCAGCGAAGAGUGAAAGACUUCAAUAAAAUACAUCAACACAA